GCAUUCGCAAAUCAGCGAAAGCUUCCGACCCGUCGUCGCGACACGACUCGGUUCCAAAAGAAAUCCUCACGAGGACGAGGCGAGGCUUUGCGUGCGAGGCGAGGCCGCUCUGAUUCCAUCCGCGCGGAGAGGGAGGGGGGGAGAGAGAGAGAGAUGGACGCGUUCUACUCGGGCUCGUCGGCGCCCUACGGCGAGGCGGCGAGCGGCGGCUGGGGCUACGACUCCCUCAAGAACUUCCGCGACAUCUCACCCGCCGUCCAGACCCACCUCAAGCUCGUUUACCUGACCCUAUGCGUGGCGCUGGCCUCGUCGGCGGUUGGCGCUUACCUGCACGUCGUCUGGAACAUCGGCGGGCUUCUGACCGUGCUCGGGUGCAUUGGUAGCAUCGCGUGGUUGUUCUCGGUGCCCGUCUACGAGGAGAGGAAGAGGUAUGGGCUGUUGUUGGCUGCUGCCCUCCUGGAAGGGGCGUCGGUUGGACCUCUGAUCAAGUUAGCUGUGGACUUUGACUCAAGCAUCCUCGUGACAGCAUUUGUUGGAACCGCCAUUGCGUUCGCGUGCUUCUCUUGCGCCGCCAUCGUAGCCAAGCGCAGGGAGUACCUCUACCUUGGUGGUCUGCUCUCCUCUGGGCUCUCCAUCCUGCUCUGGCUGCAGUUCGCCGCGUCCAUCUUUGGCCACUCCACUGGCAUCUUCAUGUUUGAGGUUUACUUUGGUCUGUUGAUCUUCCUGGGGUACAUGGUGUAUGACACGCAGGAGAUCAUCGAGAGCGCGCAACACGGCGACAUGGACUACAUCAAGCACGCUCUCACCCUCUUCACCGACUUCGUGGCUGUCCUUGUCCGCAUCCUCGUCAUCAUGCUCAAGAACGCAGCUGAUAAGUCGGAGAAGAAGAGGAAGAGGAGGUCCUGAAUGCGCUGUUUCCCAUCUGUACAUAUCAGUUCCAGUAGGAGACACCACUGCUACUUGCUUCUUAAUUACUAGUACUGCUACGACGACUACGUGGACAAGAGAAGCUGUCCACAUAACUGGGUGCUGUGGUGGAAAUGAAGUGUUCUUGAUCCACAACUUGUGGAUCUGGUGAAGUUUGCUGCUGAAGCUUUAAUUUGCAUAUACGCGCGCUACAACUCAGAUCUUCCUGUGUUCCUGCUGAAUGUUGGCCCUGAUCUGAACCUGAAAUUCUGAAAUCAAAUUGCAAUGGGCAUUUUAA